AUGGAUGAAGACUUUGUAGAAUGGACACCGUUUCGGCCAUUUACCAGGGAGUCUUUGUUUAAUAUCGAACGGCGCAUUGCCGAGGAGGAAGCAGCAAAGCGUGCAGAGAAAACCAAGCCAGAAUCAGAAGAGGAUGAUGACGAUCUGGAAGGGGAAAGCCGACACGAGGAGCACCUCAAACCCAACCUCAAGCUUGAAGCUGGCAGAAAGUUGCCUCCUUCGCUGGAAGACAUUCCUCCGGAAUUUAUCGGAAAACCUUUGGAAGAUCUGGAUGAGUAUUAUCACAAUCAAAAGACAUUCGUCGUUAUCAACAAGGACAAGAAUGUUUUCCGGUUCAGCGCAACCGACGCCAUCUUCUUGUUGUCGCCCUUCAACCCCAUCCAUAAUUGUUCCUUAACCUGGCCCACAAUUUUUAGUUUGGUUGUGAUGGUGACAAUUCUGGCCAACUGUGUGGUUAUGGCCAACCCCUCAUGGCAGACCCCAGAAGUGGAGCAUAUUUUCUUAGGGAUCUACACCGUAGAGUCUUGUCUGAAGAUACUCAGUCGAGGCUUCGUGCUUCAGCCGUUUACUUACCUCAGGGAUCCCUGGAACUGGCUGGAUUUCGUUGUCGUCAGCAUGGCGUACUUGACAAUGGCUGUAACAACUAUCGGCAACUUCACCCCUUUACGAACAUUCCGUGUCCUAAGAGCCCUCAAGACAAUAUCCGUUAUGCCAGGCUUAAAGACCAUCGUUGGUGCCCUUCUAGUAGCGGUCCGCCGGUUGCGGGACGUCAUGAUCCUCACAGUGUUUGUGCUGUCUAUCUUCGCUCUAGUUGGGAUGCAGCUUUACUCCGGCGCCUUGAAGAACAAAUGCAUCAAAAACUACAAGCUGUUCAUUGGGGAAAACGCCACAGUCGAGGAGAUAGAAUCAUUUCGGUCCAUGGAGGAAAACUGGAAGUUGGACAACUUUGGUGAAAUUGAUGUCUGCGGUACGGGUAUUGGUGCGGGACGUUGUGGCAAUGAAACUGACAACGGACUGAAAAACGGAACCCUCAUCUACGAGUGUCUGAAAGGCUACGGGAAGAACCCCAACUUUGGCUACACGAGCUUCGAUAACUUUGGUAUGGCCAUGUUGUGUGCAUUUAGACUCAUGACUCAGGACUUCUGGGAAAGCCUUUACCAUUUGGAGGAGGAAGCCAGAAAAGAAGCCAUAUCCAUCAUGACCAAAAGCCAAAGUAAUUCUUCUUGGAAUAACGAGCUGGAUGGAGGUGUGGGUGGCAAGGCCAUUGUGGAUAUGCCAGAGGAUAAGGAACGCCUCUCGGUGACCAGUGAGCAUUCAGUGACCAGUGGGCAUUUGAGGCCUGGUGGCGGACAGAAGAGG